AUGGCUGAUAAUAUCACUGUCGAAAAUAUGCAACAUAUGCUUUGCAACGAGAAGCUUUCUAUGGCAGAGCGUUUUCGGGGAAUAUUCGCCCUGCAUAAUUUAGGUGGCAAGGAAGCCAUAGAUAGUUUGCUAACAUGUCUAGACAACCCAUCAGCACUGCUAAAACACGAGGCAGUAUUUUGUAUUGGACAGAUACAAGACCCAUACGCCAUACCAUAUCUGAUUAAUGUACUGGAAAACACAAGUCAAGAACCAAUAGUUCGACAUGAAGCAGCCACACUCCCUGGUGCAGUUGACUGUUUCCGGUUUUCCGACUUCUCCCGCCACGAAACACCAACUAUGAGAGAAAGCUAUACUCAUACGCCAUACUUUUGCAGUAUUGCAGUAUGGUAUUAUAGUAUGUGCUCAGUACAUACAUGUUUUAAAGAAACAGACUCAAGACCAGUACAGUGUCGCGGUGGGUUUCAGAAAAGAGCGAUAAGUCGUAAAAACCACUUGGCUUGUGCCAGAAUUGCUGAGACCUGUGAAUUGGCACUGGCAAGAAUCAACUGGUUGAAUAGUAAUAAACAUAUUCAAGUCGAGAAUUCAUACAAAAGUGUUGAUCCUGCUCCAGCAUCAGUUGACGACAAUGUUGAGUCAUUGAAAGCCACAUUGCUGAAUGAGUCUUUACCAUUGUUUGAUCGAUAUAGAGCAAUGUUUGCAUUAAGGAAUAAGGCAGGCCAAAAAUCAGUCUUUGCACUUGCUGAGG